GCAAAGUCUGUCCGUCAUAAAUACUGCGGGUGACAGCUUGAAACAGCGAGCGUAGAUAAGACUCCAAAGCAGCACAUUAGCUGUGAAAGGAAGAGCUGUUAGUGGCUUCGGGAAGUGUCGGUGUAGCAACAGUCAUUGUUACUGUGAGUCUGACAUCUGUCCUGUGACUGAAAACAACCCUGUCGAAGUUGAGGAGCGUUGUCAAAGACCAACGUCCUUUGAAGACACUGUCGGGUAAAUCUAGCUCUUUGUGCGUCUGUGAGCUAGCAGCCAUUCUUGCUCAGUCAGCCUCAGCUGCGUCAGGUGGGGAUUUCACUGUUAUGUUAGCAGAAGAAAACCUUUCAAGCGAGAGUUCACACAAGAGGGAAAAGCUUAAACCGAACAUUUGUCGUUUCUUUAGUUCUAAAGCCGGUUGUAGAUUUGGUGAUAAGUGCAAAUUCAAGCAUGAAGUGUUAAAGGAAGUUACUGUGUUGUCAUCCCAGAAGGCUUUACAAAGCUCUGAUUUUGAUGAGUUAUCUGUCAGUCAUCAUGAAGAAUUAAAUCAGUCUACAUCAGCGACAGCUCCUUCUAAAUCUUUAACUUCCACACUAGCAGAAGUUGGGGCUGAGACAUCAGAGUCAGAAGUCAAACAUAAAGAAGAUGAUCUUGUGGAAUCUGACACCAAUAUUGAUUUGAAGGUCUGCGAUCACUUCCUGAAAAAAGGAUGGUGCCGCUUUGGUAAGCGCUGUAGAUUUGCUCAUCCAAAGAGAGAGAGGCAGAGAAAAACAUCUCUUAAACCAGAUGGUGAUUACAAUGAGGAACGAGGUGUAAGUGAAAACCCAGAUAAUGACCUGGAAGAAUGUGCAGCAGCAAAAGGUGAGAUUAAGACAGUACAAGUUCAGAAGCCUCGUAACCGUAAACAACUUUGCAGGUUUUACCUGAAUGGCAACUGCAGGUAUGGAGAUCGGUGCAAGUUUUCUCAUGAUUCUAGAAAGGAGGAGGCCGAUUAUCAGCUCAAAGAUGGUCAGGUUAACAAGGACACAUCGUCAGUCCAAAGUGUUAAAGCUGAAACCAAGGCACCUUCUAAUCCGCCACGGCUGGCCAAAAAGCGAGGUGACCUGACUUCAGAGGAUAUACAACAUCUGAGGAAAACAGAAUGUGACCAGCUGAAGAAGCGGUUUCCCACGGGGAAGCUUCAGAUCAUGUCUGAGUCAGAAGAUAUUAAUUGCUACCAGGUUGACAUCAUGCCAACAGACCCCGACUGGCCAUUUGACAUCAAGACAUUCUGCCUGAAGAUUGAGUUUCCUGCUCAGUAUCCAUUGCAAAUGUUCUCUGUCGAGUCACCAGAUGAUAAUAUGUUACCGACAAUUGUCCGACAUUACAUGGAAAAGAGAAUAGCAAACUGGUUAGAAGAGAAGCAAGCUAAACUUGUGGAAGCAGAUAAAGUGGAACUGGUGUUUCGGCCUUUUUUGCGAUGGUUUGAUCGCACCCUUGAAGACAUCGUCACAGAAGGCUUGCGUCGGUAUCAGAGAGACUUGGCUGCCAGAGCUGCUGGGUUUGAGUUCAUCCCAGCUAAGCCUGUGUCUGAGAGAAGUCAGAUGGAGGAUGACAUCCCAGAGCCUGAGAAAGAUGGUGAAGAUGAUGAGGAGACAACUGAGGAAGAUGAAGGGGAGGGUGAUACUGAUCUUGGAACAUACUCUGGCUCCGAAUCAGGAGAGGAGCCAGACCGCACUGCAUCCAGCAACAACUAUGCGGACGUGGAGAGGAAAGGAACGGAAGUUCUGCUGCGAAGCCUACAACUGAAGGAGAAUGCUGCCACUCUGCUUCUGGACAAACUCGCCAUUAUCAUCCAGUGCGAAAGAUGUAAAACCAAUACAGAGUUCAAAACUCCGGGCGGACGUCUGAAUCUCAUCCCUUGUGCCAAGUGUUACAAUGAGCAGAGAGUGUUGUUUCGUCCUGCCCUGACACAUCAUUUCUCAGCUGUGGUGGGUUACCUGGACAUGGCUAACUGUCUGCCUCAUGACCUCAUCCUACAGGACUGUGUGGGAGUGGUCAGCUGUUUAAACUGCUCCAGAAACAUGAAAUUAGAGGGCUUAGUGCCUGGCCAAGUAAAACAGAUGUGGUGCCAGAGAUGCCACAAGAAGCUGGUCAUAGCAACAGAAUCUGUUCGAUUCCAACAGCUCCAACCUUCAGAAUUAACAGUGGAGUUACCUGCUCAUCAAAUCCAGGUGAGCAAACAGCGAAAAGUUGGGCGUGAUCCUGCCAUACAGGAGGGGAAGCCACUUCCUGCAGAGGGUACCUGUAAGCAUUACAAGAAAAGCUUUCGUUGGCUCAGGUUUCCAUGCUGCGGAAAGUGUUACCCCUGCGAUAUCUGUCAUGACGAUAAAGAGGGGGAUCACGAGAUGAAGUUCGCAAGCCGCAUGAUAUGUGGGUUCUGCUGUAAGGAGCAGCCAUACACAGUGGAGAAACCAUGUGUUCUAUGUGGAUCCCACCUGACAAAGAUGCAUUCAUCUCACUGGGAAGGGGGACGUGGUUGCCGAGAUAAGAUCCGCAUGAGCAGAAAUGAUGUACACAAGUAUUCGAGUAUGAGCAAGACUGUGUCGAAGAAAGCCCAAGAGAAGCAGGAUUCCAAAAAGUCUGGCAAGAAAACAACAAAGCUCCGACAUGCCUGACCUGCAGGGUAAACCUGCAACACCCACCCAAAAGUUCAACAGCAUGGGGUGAAUCAAAGAUAAAUGUAGUUCAGAACCUUUAAAUGUUUCAUAUACUGUGACUUAGACGGAGAAAGUCACCUGAGUGGUCAUGGACCACAAGUAGGUAGUGAGCUUGAUCAUAGCAAGCAUGCUUUUUUGUAAACAACUACCCUACUUCCU